CCCGCGCACCCCCCAGUUCUCGCGAUCUCCGAGGUCGCCUACAAAUUUCCCACAAUUCCCUUCUCUUUCUCUCUUCUCCAGCCGCCGAAGAUGCCGAAAGGAAAGAAGGCUAAGGGGAAGAAGGUGGCCCCGGCCCCUGCCGUCGUGAAGAAGCAGGAGGCCAAGAAGGUGGUAAAUCCCUUAUUUGAGAAAAGGCCCAAGAAUUUUGGCAUUGGACAGGACAUCCAGCCCAAAAGGGACCUCACCCGCUUUGUCAAAUGGCCCCGCUACAUCCGGCUGCAGCGACAAAGGGCUAUUCUCUAUAAGCGUCUGAAAGUGCCUCCUGCAAUUAACCAGUUCACUCAGGCCUUGGACCGCCAAACGGCUACUCAGUUGCUUAAGCUGGCCCACAAGUAUAGGCCAGAGACAAAGCAAGAGAAGAAGCAGAGGUUGCUGGCUCGAGCUGAGAAGAAAGCUGCUGGCAAAGGGGAUGUCCCUACAAAGAGGCCACCUGUCCUUCGAGCAGGGGUUAAUACUGUCACCACCUUGGUGGAAAACAAGAAGGCUCAGCUGGUAGUGAUCGCACAUGAUGUGGAUCCCAUUGAGCUGGUCGUCUUUCUGCCGGCCCUGUGCCGUAAGAUGGGGGUUCCCUACUGCAUCAUCAAGGGGAAGGCCAGGCUGGGGCGGCUGGUCCAUAGGAAGACCUGCACCACUGUUGCUUUCACACAGGUUAACUCGGAAGACAAAGGAGCCCUGGCUAAGCUGGUGGAAGCGAUCAGGACCAAUUACAAUGACAGAUACGAUGAGAUCCGCCGUCACUGGGGAGGCAAUGUCCUGGGCCCGAAGUCGGUGGCUCGCAUUGCCAAGCUGGAGAAGGCAAAGGCUAAAGAACUGGCCACCAAACUGGGCUAGGCGUAUGCUGUUGGGUUUUCUGUACAUAAAAGUAAUAAAAACUCUCACUCA